GGUCUGGUGUGAGUCUCUGUCAGUGUGGGAUGGUACCCCGAGCUCCUGCUCCAUGGAAACCCUGGUGCCAGGAUGCAUACCCAAGACUGGACUCCUGCUGCUGCCCCUUCUCCUCUGCUUCGGGCCAGAGAUCACUGGGAGCAUCAACCCAGCCGCGCUCAAAGCCAUAGUGGAUCACGUCCACCAGUAUCACCCUGUCACCGUUCCCACCCCCACCAUUCAGUACGCGGUGGCCAUCUCCUUGCCGCCAUCCAUGUGCCAAAGCACCAGCCUGCAUGAUCUGCAGAAGCACCUGCCCGUGACUGAGCUCCAGGCGAUGAAAUCCAAGCUGGAGGAGGACUUUCUGUACGAGGGAGAUCACAUUGUCGCUGCCAAACCCGACAAAAAUAACAACCGCUCCCUGCACUCUGAGUGGCUGAUGCUCCGCCUGGACCAGAAUGGGGUGAGCCCAGUCUCCCGCCUCCUGGAUAAGGCCCAGGGCCAGACCACGUGCCCAGUGACCCACGCCUUGGAAGAAUGGUUUGGUAGUAACCGCUACACCAGGUGGUUUCUGAACAACCCAUGUGGCUGGAAUGGCUGCUUCAUCUUCUUCACCUAUUUUGCCCCCUGUCUGGGCACCUGCCUCAGCUUAAAGGAUGACCACCGCAUCCAAGAACUCAUGGAUGGGAUCUUUGGUGCCAUAAAUGAAGACCGCCGCGCCUUGGCCUUCAUGGAGGUUUUCCUACAAGACAGAGGGCGGGGAAAGCAGUUUGUAUGGAACUCGUGGCAAACGCUCUGUAAAGUGCCCCUGUACCAGUGCGAUAACCAGGGCUGCCACAGCUGUGAGGAGAAGGACGUCAACAAGAACUCCUGCCUAACAGCAGUGAAAAACUGAGCCACUCCAGCCCCGAAGGCAGCCCAUGGGGGUAGACGCCAAGGUGGGAGGAGAUUGUAAGCUGCGAUGCAAUCAAUCAACAACCAACCCAUCCAUCCUUCAACCCAUCCAUCCACCUGUCCUUCAACCCAUCCGUCCAUCUGUCCAUCCAUGAACCCAUCCGUCUGUCAACCCAUCCAUCCGUCAAUCCAUCCAUCCAUCGUCCUUCAACCCAUCCAGCCAUCCGUCCAUCCAUCCAUGAACCCAUCCAUCCAUCCAUCUAUCCAUCCAACCGUUCAUACAUGAACCCAUCUGUCUGUCAACCCAUCCCUCCACCAAUCUGUCCAUCAACCCAUCCAUCUUGCAACCCACUCAUCCAUCAGCCCAUCCAUCUCUCAGUAUUACCCCACUACAAAUAAUCGACUAGAAGGUGACUUUAACCAGGCAUGAAAAUGACACUUUCAUAGUAUUGCCAACCCCAAAUGGUCAAAAAUCAUGAAUCAGGCUCACCAAAAAUCAUGAGAUUGUCUCUAAAAGCAUGAAAUUAUGUACAAAUAAUAGAUGUGGUGUUCUUUUUAUUUGCCUUCUGUUUUUUGAGCCAUUAGGGUGCCCUGGGGUCACAUUUUGAAGCUUUCUCCACAGCCAUGAGGGCUAGAAACUUCGUUUUGCUUUAAGAAUCAAGGCUGAAAUCAGCACAGAUCCACUUGACUCCAGGAGCUGGAGCUUUAAGGAAAACAAUCAGUAACGUGAGACUCACGACAAAAUCAUGAGAGUUGGGAGCCCGGCUUUCACUUCUGUUUCAAGGCUAGUUACUUUCCGGAAGGCUCUUAAACAGAACACUACAGUGACUGAGUUAAAGUUUUCACAGGAGAAUAUUUAAAACCAAAGAACAAGAAAAUUCCACAUUUUAAAGUUGAGAAAAAAGUUGAGAAUUUUGAGGUAUCUCAGGGCCCCAGGGGGUGGGGACACAGGCCGGGGGCUGCUCUUGGGCACCCCAGGGCAGCUGGAAGGUCCAGGGCUUCUCCAUAGUGGCCUGGGCUCCCUGGGCAGCUCUUACCAUGGCCCAGUUCCAGCUUCCAGCCUGGCCUGGCCAGGGGGUGUGGCCUUGGGGGUAGAGGAGGAGCAGGGGCUGUGACCUCCGUGAAGAGGCGGAGCUAGGGCAGGGCCACAGGUGGGUGGGCGGGGCUCCUGCACGUGUCCCACUUUUGCCUUUUGAAAAGUUGGUCACCUACCGACCAUAGGCGCUGGCUUUGGGGCUGGAGCACUCUUGGGGAAAAAACAGCUGUCCAGCGGCGGGCAGGAGGCACUGGGGGGAUAAGGGAGGAGUGGGGGCAGGAAGACGCGGAGCAAGGGUGGGGCACACUCGGGGGAGGGGGCGGAAUGGGGCAGGAAGAGGCAGAGCAGGAGUGGGGCCUUGGGGGAAUGGGUGGCAUGGGGGAAGGAGUGAGAAGGAGCAAGGUUCGUGCACCCCGGGGGAAAUCAUAAAGUCAGCGCCUGUGGUCCUUGUGGCUUAACAGAAUGAAAUGGGGACACCUUUUGCUUUCGUUUUCAUUUUAUUUCUUUGUGAAGCGCUUUAGAAACAGGCACAAUUAUACUGAGGGCACCGCCCACCCUCCAAUACAGCAAAGUGUGACUGUCCAAAGGGAAGUUUCUACGAGCAAAAUGCAGCAAGCUUGGAGGUGCCCGUCCUGGAGGAUAGUGACCAUAACAAUCCAAUGGAAGCUAUCAGUGGCCCUCAGGAAUGAACUUUCCCACCUGCUAACUUCCUCGGAGCCCCCUUCGUCUAUUUUCUUCUUCAGGCUGUAGCUCAACGGGUUCGGCCUGGGAGCCACGACCAUAUAAAACACAUCAAUGCCCAUCCAGAGAAGGUACAUGACUGUGGCCAUCCUGUAGAAGAUGGGGGACCAUGGUGAGGUGGGAGGCACAGGUGGAGAAAGCCUUGACCCUGCCCUGGGUGGAGUGGAUCCUUAGCACAGCCACAAUGAUGCAGACGUAUGUCACAAGGGCAAAGAAGGGUGAAGAUGCUGGUGGAGAACAUCACAAUCUGGGUGUCCAAACAGGCCAGUCUCAACAUGGCCUGGAACCUGCAGGCUGAACGGAUGCUGCUGCUUGUCUGACGAAAGUGAACCUGGAUAGGACGCACACAGCAGGAAAGCUCUGCUCCAUGGCGUGGCUGUCAGUUGGGUGCAGAUCCUGUCAUUCAUGACGAGGGUGUAUUGCAGUGGAAAGGAGGCCAUUACCGCCAGCAGGAGGCAGGCUUGCCUUACUCCCUGCCUCAGUUUCUCAAUUUGUAACACGGAGCUAAUGAUGCCUUCGCACAAUGCCUGUACUUGUACACUGGGGCAAAGUCACCUCUUAACUGUCACUUGGAAAAACAAAUAAAAGCUCGGUGCUAUUAUUAAGGUUAAUACCAUUCUGCCUCCCAAAUUCAACCAAUUGGGUGUACAGUGGCUCUAAUUGGAUCAGAAUGACAGCAGCAAGAAAAUAUGGUAAACUCAUUAUAAAAGUGGGACCAUGCAAUAAAUUGUGUCUUAUCUGUUCUGUUCCUAAGUCCCCAGGACUAACAAAUCAAUGGCGUUCUGCCAAGUAUGGCGUUCUGCCAAGACCUUAAAGGUACAGUAACGCCUCACGCUCACCACGCUCCCAUGUGCCCAACCAAAAAGUACAGAGUUAAAAGACAGGCAUCAGCAAAGCACAUGCUUAAAUGUUCUGCAGCAUCGGGGCUGGGGG